AUGGCUUUAAAUGCUAAGGUUUGGGGCAAGUUUUGCAAAGCAUAUGUACCUUUUCUAACAAAUGGGAAGAAUUAUGUUCAAAAUUUUGUGUUUUGCAAUGCUCUGAACCGCAUAUAUGCUUCUAUCCAUUUAUGGAUGGAUGCCCUUAAAGAACCAGAAGCCUUGUUGAAAUUUCCAUCUCACCCUGUUUCUCUUGAAGAUCUUCCUCCGUAUUUCCAUUCCGAAAGGAGUGUCAAGGAGUUUUCCUUGACCUACCAUUAUUCAUCACCAGUAGGAGCAUUGCAAAUCUUAAGCAAUGGAUUUUUACCCGAUCAUCAUAUUGGGGACCCGAACUUUUUCCUUGCGUCAUGUGGGCGUUUUAUGGGCUUCGUUCGCCCUUCUGGUUCUUUCCAAAGUGGGCUUGGACGGCCUGGUCCAACUGUGCUCGAUUUCCGCCUUAUUUCUCGGAAGGCUCUGUAA